AUGGCAAGACCUUUAAGAGGCCUCGUCGUCCGUUCGAGAAGGAACGGCUCGACGCGGAGCUGAAGCUGCUCGGAGAGUAUGGUCUGCGUUGCAAGCGUGAGCUGUGGCGCGUGCAGUAUGUUCUCUCGCGUAUUCGUAAGAACGCUCGUGAGCUGCUCACGCUCGACGAGAAGAGCACUCGCCGCAUCUUUGAGGGCGAGGCUCUUCUGCGCCGCAUGCACCGCUACGGUCUGCUGGAGGAGAGCCAGAACAAGCUCGAUUACGUGCUCGCCCUGACUGUCGAGAACUUCCUGGAGCGUCGCCUUCAGACCCUCGUCUUCAAGACCGGCCUCGCCAAGUCCAUCCAUCACGCUCGUGUCCUCAUCCGCCAGCGCCACAUCCGGGUGGGGAAGCAGAUUGUGAACAUUCCGUCCUUCCUCGUGCGACUUGAGAGCCAGAAGCACAUCGACUUCGCUCUGACCAGCCCGUUCGGCGGUGGCAGGCCAGGCCGUGUGAAGCGCAGAAACCUCAAGGCUGCCUCCAAGAAGGGCGGUGAUGAUGGCGAUGAUGAGGAGGAAGACUAUCCAGAUCCUGAUUCUCCUGUCUGCAUGCUCACCUUCUCCCCGCAAGCCCCAAGUCAAGAUGUGGCAGAUCGCAAGCUCCACGUCAUCAACAUCCACAUGGCAGACCUCGUUGUGUACGGCAGUGGCAGCAACGACGAUCUGGUAGCGCGCAUCUACAGCAACGCGCGGCGCUACAUCACGCUGUUUGCCGAGGCGGCAGACGACCUCAUGCCCGAGCCAUCCCUGGCAGGGGGUGGGGAGGAGAGGGAGGAGGACGUGUACGACGUGCUCAUGAGGCAGCGCGCGGAGCAGCACGCGGAGAACCUCGCUCAGGGCGACGCUGCUGUGGCCGCCGUCGACCCGCUUUUCCAGCUGCCCGCCCUGCUGCGCCGCCGCUUCGACCUGCACUUGGUACCGGAGCCGAAGCGCAAGGCGCAGGCGAUACGCGAGGUGGGGGCGGGGCAAAUAGGCCGGCUGGUGGUGGUGAAGGGCAUCGUCACACGCUGCACGGACGUGAAGCCGCUGCUGCAGGUUGCGACUUACACGUGCGAUGAGUGCGGCUUUGAGAUCUACCAGGAGGUGACAGCACGCACGUUCAUGCCACUGUUUGAGUGCCCGUCCACGCGCUGCCGCACCAACAACGCACGGGGCAGGCUGCACCUGCACACUCGCGGCUCCAAGUUCCAGAAGUUCCAAGAGGCGCGCAUACAGGAGCUAGCAGAGCAGGUGCCCAAGGGGCAUGUGCCACGCGCCAUGACAGUGCAGAUCAGGGGCGACCUCACCCGCCAGGUAUCACCGGGCGAUGUGGUGAGUGUGGCGGGGGUGUUCCUGCCGGUGCCAUUCGUGGGGUUCAAGGCCAUGCGGGCUGGCCUCACCGCCGACACGUACCUCGAAGCCAUGUCCUUCCACCACUCCAAAAAACGCUUCUCCGAGUACGCGAGUGAGCAGACGCCAGAGGAGGCAGCGGCGGUGCAGCAGCUGGCAGCGCAGGGCAGCAGCGACGUGUACAGCCGCCUGGCACGCUCCAUUGCUCCCGAGAUCUACGGCCACGAUGACGUGAAGAAGGUGCUGCUGCUGCUGCUCGUGGGGGCGCCCACACGCACCCUGCCCGAUGGCAUGAAGAUCCGUGGGGACGUGCACGUGUGUCUGAUGGGCGACCCCGGGGUGGCCAAGAGCCAGCUGCUGAAGCACAUCGUCACAGUGGCGCCCAGGGGCGUGUACACCACGGGCAAGGGCAGCAGCGGCGUGGGGCUCACUGCUGCCGUCACACGUGACACCGUCACCGGCGAGAUGGUGCUGGAAGGGGGGGCUCUGGUGCUAGCGGACAUGGGCAUCUGUGCCAUCGACGAGUUUGACAAGAUGGACGAGAACGACCGCACCGCCAUCCAUGAGGUGAUGGAGCAGCAGACGGUGAGCAUAGCCAAGGCCGGCAUCACCACGUCACUCAACGCUCGCACCGCUGUGCUUGCUGCUGCCAACCCCGCCUGGGGGCGCUACGACAUGAGGAGGACGCCAGCGGAGAACAUAAACCUGCCGCCCGCACUGCUCUCCAGAUUCGAUAUCCUCUGGCUCAUGCUUGACCGCGCUGAUGUGGACGCUGACCUGGCGCUCGCCCGCCACGUGCUGCACGUGCACCAGCACUCCGCGCCGCCCGCUCUUGACUUUGACCCCGUUGACCCGACGCUGCUCAGGAACUUCAUAGCAACGGCACGGACGUACGAGCCGAGUGUGCCGGAGGAGCUGACGGACUUCAUAGCGUCGGCGUACGCGGGGCUGCGGCAGGAGGAGGCGGCCAGCGAUGCCCCUCACACCUACACCACCGCGCGCACCCUGCUCUCCAUCCUGCGCCUCGCUGAGGCUCGGGCGCGGCUGCGGCUGGCGGGGGCGGUGGCACAGAGUGACGUGGAGGAGGCGCUGAGGCUGAUGCACGGGUCCAAGGCGUCGCUGCAGACGGAGGCCCGGCAGCGCGCAGGGCUGGACGCCAUCUCCGCCGUCUACUCCAUCGUGCGCGAUGAGGCUGCGCGUGCGCGCUGCACCGUGGUGUCCUACUCCGAUGCCCUCAACUGGAUCACCCGCAAGGGGCACAGCGAGGCGGAGCUGAGGGAGUGUUUGGAGGAUUAUGCGGAGCUCAACGUGUGGCAGAUAGACCAGGACUCCCUCACCAUCCGCUUCAUUGACUCUUGA